CGUGACGGUGACAGUGACAGUAGACUAGUUGUUAUGAUGGCUGGACGUAAAACAGAAACAUAACAGAGACGAUAAAAUAAAAUAAAUAAUUUCGCUGUAUUUACCAGGGACUUUGUUUGAAAUUAGGGAGUGGUUAUUGUUAUGUAAUCCUUUAUCUUCAGACCUUGUAUUUAUUUAGUUCGUAAGAUGAGUUACCUUACUGUCGACCGUCAAGGUUCCUCAGGAAGCAAAACUGAGGAGCCCAGUGAAGCCAGUGAUGAUAUUUUGGAGGUUGAUAAUUCCAAGAGUGUGCUGCUCAAGAUAGCCACCUUAUAUGCAGAGCAGUUGAUGAGCGACCUGACUCUGCAAGUGGCUGGCGUCAACUAUCCCGCCCACAGACUGAUACUAUGUGCCAGUAGUGAAGUAUUUCAGGUUAUGUUGAUGAACCGGGAAUGGAGCGAGUUCCGGGAGAGUCGCAUAGUCCUUCAGGAGGACCCUUCCGCUGCCGCUGUCUUCCCACAUUUUUUAAAAUAUUUCUACACAGGCCAAAUAAAGAUAUCUUACCAGACUGUACUUCCAGUGCUCUCUCUAGCAGACAAAUAUAAUGUUAAGGAUCUAGUCGCGCUGUGCCUCAGCUUCAUGUCGAUGCACGUGGCGCAGGCCGCCAAGCGCGGGCAGCUCAUCGCCUGGAUGCAGUACACGCAGGCGUGCUCCCACGACGACGUGGCCAGGGCCUGCCAGAACUUCGUGAAAUGGAACCUGGAGUGGGUGUGGACGGAUUCGGAGCUCUCGCAGUUGGAAGGCGAGACGCUGGUGCACCUUCUGCAGCAGAGCGACCUGGUGCUCCACAACGAGAUGAGUUUGUAUGGGUUCGUGGUGAGGUGGCUGGAAAUCCAGCGCGGCCGGCUGAACAGCUUGGAGCUGAGUGAGGCUGAGACGAAGGCGCACUGGGAGUCGCUGCUGAUUGCUGUGUUUAGUCACGUCAGAUUCCCAAUGAUGUGUCCGAAGCAACUAGCCAAGCUAUUGUUACAACCAUUGACACAGGAACACAAGGAGUUCUUCAUGGAGCGGAUGGCCAUAGCUAUGAGCUACCAGUCGGGUCAAUACGAACGGCUCUCGGAGAUCCAGCAGACGGAGGCCGGGCGGAUGCUGUUCACGCCGCGGCUGUACACGGAGGACACGUGGGGCUCCGUGCUGGCGGUGGAGCACUUCCACUCGCUGGCCAGCUACCACACGCGCACGUUCAUGUUCUCGAGCCGGCGCUGCGCCGCGGAGCACGGCGGCGAGCGCGCCUCCGAGUGGUCGCUGGACCUCUACCCCAAGGGCGUCUGGUUCAGGAAGAGCUUGCUCAUCGUGUGGGCGGGCACUUAUGAUGUCCCCGAAGUGGUCCUGCGCACCGUUCGCAUCUCCAUCACGUGUCAGAACCCGCCGGAGACUGAGACUGACCAAUACGGCGGCGAGUACGAGCCUGAUGUCAGGGUCAAGAUCGGCAUCCUGGUGUGGGGCGUCCAGAAAGGCGUCGAACACGUUUCCAACGUCGUGGAAAGGGUGCACCGGUUUUCGGCUCAAAAUAGGGUGUUGAACAUAGACGGCGCGAUCGACUUCGACGAGCUGAACACGCCGCUGUACUCGCCCGCCGCCGCGCCGCCCGACGCGCCGCCGCGCCCGCACAAGGGCCCCGGGCGAUGUCAAAAAUGCACGGAACCAUGUGAUAUUCCUGAACCACGACAUUUGUUGGGGCCGAACAAAGACCAAUUGAAAAUACAAGUGGUCAUAGUGCCUCUGACAGAAUACUGCCACGUUGGCCCGCCCGACUCGCACCUCGGAUGACAUCCACAGCCGCUUGUUUAUAAUAGAUACAAGUAUGAAAUGACCUUGAUGGCACAAGACGACUGAAACUAUGUAAUUUUAAACUUUUUCUGGAAACAAAAUUUUUUUCUUAAGAAACUUAUUUUGUUAUUUUUGGAACUAGUAAUUCAAUCGAUUUUUUAUUUUUUAAUGUCAAUUUAAAAGGUUAAUACGUUUUACAAUUAAGUAACGUUGGUAAAAAAGUGAUAGUACGUCGACUUAACAAUUUUUUUAAUAAUCACUAAUAUUAUAUCCAGGUACACAAUAAAUUAUAUCCAGGUACUGUCACAUUGUAAGUAUUCACUCUCUUUAAAGUAUUUAUCACUAAGAAUUUUCCGCGAAGGCGGUCCUCUGACCUCGAUGCAUUGUGGCAGAGGGUGCAUCAUACAAAAAUGAGAGGACAGAAGUAUUUUCUGAAGUACAUAUUCUAAACUAAAUAUUUUUUUGAGGUUGUUGUGUGUAAUGAAGGUUAUUUCAUUCGUUCGUAUAUAUUCUAAAAUCUUUUUGAAACAUAAUCCUACUAUCAUUAUGUGAGAACUAAGUUUUGGUCGACGAAUAAUGUGUCUUGUUUUUCUUUGAACCGAUUUUUCACUUUUAGAAUUUUAAUCGAACUGGAAAACAAACUACUUAUAAAUAAAAAAUAACAUAAUGAAAACAUGUCCUCGGAGGAUGAAAACAAUUCAUUUCUAUUUCUUUUAAAUAAGGUCAAUUAGAAGAGACAGGUUUUUUUCUAUUCGUGUAGAAUUGUAGUUGAUUUAAUUAUUGUAAUACCUUAUUGAUGUAUUUAGGAAGAGAUGAUCAAUCAAAAAAUCAUAACUGCUGUUUCCUAAAAAAGCAGGCAGAUAUUGUCUUUUGUCAGAUCAUAAGGCUAAGAUAAAAUGAUAACUGAAAAAUCGACCCUUAGAAUAAAGAUACGUACAAAUAAUAUGGCAAUACUGUUAGAAAUAUAGCUUGCUUUAAACAUUUAUUACCAAAAUAUGUUUUAUUUCUUCAUUAGAAUAAAAAUUCUUUGAAAACUGCCCUUAUUUUACUGAUAGGAUUAAAAGAAGGAUUAAUAUAAAUUUUGAAUUUGACCUAAAAGUGUUGUAUAGGUUUAGAGUUUUUAUUACCUCCUCAUUGUAUAAAAUCGCUUGACGACUGUGUAUAAUUAUAUCCGCUCACUUAAAGUGUUAAUUAGAAUGUAGUUUUGUUGUGAAAUUUGUUAUACAUACAAAAUCUGAUUGUUUUUGAAGUACAUUUUGUUUUUAUUUUAGCUCGUCUAUUUUCAUGAAUGUCUCUUCAAUCAAUGUUUUUUUAAAGUGAUUUUUAGCUUAUGCUAGUACAUUAUACGAUGUGAUAUAAGAGGCGUUCAUAGAGUUAGUUUUUUUUGCCCGGCAGAUAAAUUGACCUAUGCGCAGUGCACAUUUACAGAUGUCAAUUGAUAUACUAGUAUAAGUAUCUCAUCUUUGUUAUCUUUAACUACUUAAUGACAAUAUAACAUAAUCGUCAAAUCGGAGUGCAUAUCCUAUAAAAAAUAUGGCAAUUUGAAAAUUUCGUAGUCUUUGUUCUUCUCAUAAAUUUUCAUAUGUGUAACAAUAUUUAUGCCAAAAAUCCUUAUGCGAAAUUGUUUGGUAUUCAAUUCAGGCCCGUCGGAUUUUCCCGCAGUAUUUGAAUACUGGGAAUUCUAUUUUGUAGCACGAUGUCUACCAUCUUCAUUCGCUGAUAAAUUUGCAAUAUUUGAUAUUCUAUUGUGCAAUAUUUAUCUUUUGUAUUUUGCUGUGUGCUUUAUGGUUGAGAUGUGUAUUCUAUGACGUUCCAAUAAAGUUGAAAUUGUCAAUGUUA